CGGUGGCAGUAGUUACUUCCCGCGCUGGAAUUCCUCAACUUCGGUCCCGGAAGCGGAAGUUCUUUCCUUUCUUGUUUCUGCUUGUUGAAGAGACACAUAUAGACAUGGCUCCUCGUAAAGGGAAGGAAAAGAAGGAGGAGCAGGUCAUCAGUCUGGGUCCUCAGGUGGCCGAAGGAGAGAACGUGUUUGGAGUCUGUCACAUCUUCGCCUCCUUCAAUGACACCUUUGUCCACGUCACCGACCUCUCCGGGAAGGAGACGAUCUGUCGUGUGACAGGUGGGAUGAAGGUGAAGGCCGACAGAGACGAGUCAUCUCCAUACGCCGCCAUGUUGGCCGCUCAGGACGUUGCUCAGCGCUGCAAAGAGCUGGGAAUCACAGCGCUGCACAUCAAACUGAGGGCCACCGGAGGAAACAGGACGAAGACUCCAGGACCUGGAGCUCAGUCUGCUCUCAGAGCUCUGGCUCGAUCCGGCAUGAAGAUCGGACGCAUCGAGGAUGUCACUCCGAUCCCAUCAGACUCGACCAGGAGGAAGGGCGGACGCCGCGGUCGUCGUCUGUAGACCACAGGAAGAUUUCUACCCAAUAAAAAGAUUAAAGUCAAA